UGGUUAAUGCAGAGCUACGUGAAGCGGUGGUAGUUAGAGAAUCAUCUCCAAAGCACUAGACAAAUGCGUUGAAUUGGUCUUUGCGUUCACCAAUAAAAAAACAAAUAAUUACUCCUCUGUAUCUUAUCUUUAAUUAAUGGGUUCUCAGAUUCUCAAAAUCUCACCUUUUGCGUCUUCUUCAAUUUUCAACGCCACCCCAUUCUUGAGAUUCCAAGCCAAAACGGUGGUCACCAUUUCUAAGACCCAAUUCAGGUCAAAUUCCCUCGUUUCCUCAUCUGGGUUUGUUCCUUUAAGUAAUAAUAAGAGAGGUUUGAGUGGUGGGGUUGUUGCUAUGGCUUCUGCAACAGGAGGGUCCGUUCAGAAAUCAGAGGAGGAGUGGCGUGCUAUUCUCUCCCCUGAGCAGUUCCGUAUUCUCAGACAGAAAGGCACUGAGUAUCCAGGUACUGGGGAGUAUGACAAGUUUUACGGUGAAGGAAUCUACCAAUGUGCAGGAUGCGGCACUCCCCUCUACAAGUCCACAACAAAAUUCAACUCAGGCUGUGGUUGGCCAGCUUUCUUUGAGGGUCUUCCUGGAGCUAUUAAUCGCACUGUGAGCAUCUUUCUUUUCCUCCUGGCCACAUAAAUAUGGUUUUGUCAU